GAUUGGCCAAUUCAUGGAUAAAGAUGGAAGCCAUCAUGUACAGUCAUCUUUGUCCUUUGAAGCCUCUCUCACUUACGUGCCGUUCAUGAACCUCUUACCAAAACCUCCAUCCAACACAGCACAUGUAUCACUCUCUGUUACAUUAUAUUAUAAGAAAAAUUCAUUUUAAUUACCAUAAACCCGUUAUUCUCUCCUUCACAAAAACACACAUCACCCACCACCACUUUUCAACAAGAUGAAGAUAAUGGUAACCGUAAAACGAGUAAUCGAUUACGCCGUCAAAAUCAGAGUCAAACCCGACAAGACAGGGGUAGUGACCCAGAAUGUGAAAAUGUCAAUGAACCCAUUUUGCGAAAUUGCCUUGGAAGAAGCUCUUAGAAUAAGGGAAUCUGGGUUGGCUUCAGAAGUUGUAGCUGUUAGUAUGGGACCUUCUCAGUGUGUAGAUACUCUUAGAACUGGUCUUGCUAUGGGAGCUGAUAGAGGGAUUCAUGUGGAGGCUAAUGAUUCCAUGUAUCCGCUUUUUGUUGCCAAGAUUUUGAAGAAGCUUGUUGAGAUUGAGAAACCUGGGCUUUUGAUUCUUGGCAAACAGGCUAUUGAUGAUGAUUGCAAUCAAACAGGGCAGAUGGUAGCAGGACUUCUCAACUGGCCACAAGGGACUUUUGCUUCAAAGGUUGUCCUUGAUAAAGAGAAACAAGUAGCCACCGUGGACAGGGAGGUUGAUGAUGGCAUCGAGACUCUGUGUUUGAACUUACCAGCAGUAAUAACCACUGAUCUGAGACUGAACCAACCGAGGUAUGCUACUCUUCCCAACAUAAUGAAAGCAAAAUCGAAGCCGAUAAAAAAGUUCACUCCAAAGGAGUUGAACGUGGACAUCAAACCUGAUUUGGAGAUAGUUGAGGUGACAGAACCUCCCAAGAGAAAAUCAGGUGUUCUUGUUUCUUCUGUGGACGAGCUUAUUGAAAAACUAAAACAUGAGGCUAAUGUCAUCUAAUUGUUCUCUACUUUGUUCUAAAUCAAUUGCUCUCCUGAAAGGAUAACCAGCAUUACAUCAAGAUUCUGAUGUAUGAUAAUCAAAUGAGAUAAUAAAUUUAAUGCUGUUCCUUUCAUGUAUUCAUCAUCAUAUCCUCAUCCUCUACUUUGAUGUUAGUGAAAAUGUAUUGUAAAUCAUUAAAAUAAAAAGAAAGUUGGUGUAAUUUGCAUAUAUUAGAACAGUGUAAGUUAUCUACCCAGUUAACACUACUGUCUUCUUC